AUGGAGGGUACGGUAAGCAUCCUACGGCGCUCCAUCUCCAGGAAGUCAUUCCGAGCGCUUAGCGAAUCCUCUUCCAAACCCAAACCCCAGGACGACGAGAUGGCAGUCGCUUUCCGAGACUCGUGGUUUGACAACAAUCACAGCUUGUUCCCGAGGCACAGGGAGGGCCCGAGUCGACCGAGCCUCUUUGACGAUGAUUAUUGGGACUCGCUGUGGGCUCGUGAUGACUGGCUCGACCGGAUGGAGGACUGGCCUAGGGACUGGCCGAGACCGCGCGAGAUGAUGAGCCGAGCUGAUCGGAGUAUGGAAGAGUAUGUUCAGUUCUUCCGCGACAACGAGCGCCUCGAGGAUUGGCCGAGGGACUGGCCGAGGAUGGACGCCGUCAUGCCAAAGUUCACCUCCCAUCUCGACCGUCUAGACAACAACUGGCGCCAGGAUCCAUUUUGGAAGGACCUGUACCCUAACUGGGCGCAGCCGCUUUUCAAGGAAGGCAUCGAUGUCAACUCCUCGAUCACGAAUGAUGAUCGCCGCUUCGCGGUGGCCAUCGACUGCUACCAGUUCAGACCGGAGGAGAUCCAGGUAAAAACGCUGGAUGAUACUCUCCUCGUCGAGGGCCGUCAUGAAGAGGCACGAGACCGUGACAACUUCACGAAGAUGUAUUUCGUUCGGAAAUACCAACUGCCCAACGACAUUGACCCGCAGGAGAUCAGCAGCAAUAUUGAUUCAGGGUGGGUCGAAAAGGAUGCUCUAAAACCUCAAAAUCGCACAGAUUUGGAAAGUACAGAGAAGAAUCGCGUUGCUCAAUGUGGACUGCGCAAGGGCCGACUCACCGUCGAGGCCGCCAAGCGCCCCCAAGCCCUGACCGGCCGCGAACGCCUGGUCCCGAUCGAGGGAUCGAGUAAGUAUCGCAGCACCAGCCGCUCGCGCCACGACUCGGGAUUCAGUAACGGUCUCUCCCCGUCUUCUGGCGCCCGGAACUACUCUCCAGUGCAAAUUGACACUAGUUCACACCUUGGGCGUCAUCACGAGGAGGAUCGCUACCGUAAUGAGUACCGCUCGUCGUCGCGUCAGGAGUAUAACGGCGGUAGCGGUGGCUAUGGAGGCCGCACGGUUGAGGUCCCGAUCCAUCGUGAAGGGGUGGCUAACCGUCAGUAUGGUGAUUCGCUCCUGUACCGUGAUGCUGAACUGGCUGACCGUGCCGCCGGAAACCAACACUCUGAGAGCUAUUAUCGCCAUGAGAGUCGCAACAAUUUGAGCCCGCAUCAGGUCACCGCCUCCAACGAGAACCGCGCCUACACUAAUGGCGGCGGCGCCCGCCGCACCUCCUUCGACACGAAUGGAUUCCGUUCGCAUUCGGCAUCUCGCGGAGCGGCCGAAUCGCAGCGCCACGAGUCUUCGUAUCAGAGCGGAUACCAGGGCGGAUACCAGAAUGGGUACCACCACGAUAGCAGCAGCUCUCGAAAUGGUGGAUACCGCGUCGACUCACCCGCCUCCACCUCCACCGGCAUCCUGAAACGCACUGAGGAUCUUCCGCCCAGAUCCGAAUCCCGUUCCGAGUCCGUCCGCUCCGUCAAAAUUGUCCGCACCUACAAC